UGCAGCAGUCGGUUGACAGUACAAGCACGAACCGCGUUUCGGUACCAUCGAUGGUGCUUUACUGUUGUUAGUUUCCGAACUGAAGAGGUUUUUUUCUAAGUGUUUUACUCCACCAAUGAACUCCAAUUAAUCUCGCGAAGAAACAUCGGUUAAUUGUUGGCUUGAUUUGUAAUUCACCAAGGCGGAAACGCUUCCUUUUAAUAAUCAUUUUUGUUGCCUUUUCAUAUCCAAACACACACACUCUGCUUCAGGCUUCAGUACUCUUAGCAGUGUUUCGGUUCGAGCGCAUCGCGCUACUUCUACGGUACUAGAAAAUUACGUUUGUCAUGUAAUAAGACUUUUUUGCCUGUUUGUGCUAUAAUUGGUGAUUAUUUGGAUACACACACACACUCAAGUCUAGUGAAAGUGAUUUUCCGAUGGUUCGGUUUCUGUUGGAAAGUGAGAGUUGGAUGUAACUGUGCGCCUAAGUAGUGUUCUUUUGCGUUUUUCUUCUUUUCUUCGUACUAAUCAUAGCAGGCAAUGUGCGGCCGUGAACUUUAAAAUUCCGCACUGUUGCACUAGAGCAGGUACCAACUUGAUUUUUGCUCAGCAUACGGAGCACACACAGUGGCCCAACUCCACAAAAUUUCAUUGAAAUCCUGCCUCCCAUCGAAGACUCAGACGUUUGCAAAACUCGCGAUUGCCUAUAAGCCCACUUAUGCCACCGCAAACUUAAAAAUUCCUAUCUUUCACUCUAGAGCAGAUACCAACUAGAUUUUUGCUCAGUAUAUGGAGCAGACACAGUGGUCUAAUUGUACAAAAUAUCAUUGAAAUGUCAUAAAUUCCAGAGAAAACUGAUAUUGAAACGGUUGCUUGAUGAAAACAAUAAUUAUUUCCAGUUUAUAUCUGGCAUUCCAUUGCGGAUAGAAACAAUCAAAAUGGGUCACAUGGUUCUUAUCGAAGGAAGGAAACAGUGUGCAACGGCUUUGGUGCUCUUGUACUGUCGUUAUCGCAAUCAUAGGCGUCUAUUUACACUCAAAACAUGUGGGUGUAAAAACCGUUUUUCUGAUUAACGCCAGAAAAAAUCUACCGAAUCAGAUCUGGACUGUAUACCUACCUAUAUGGCUUCUCCUAAAAGUCUGCCCAAUAGCGUCAGUUCGCACCUCAUGUUUUUCAGACAAUGAACAAACGUGUCGUCCUACAAGUCCGCACACCAUUUACGGAUCGGAAUGAAAACAUAUCCUGUGUAACGAAACAAUUGCAAUGACGAGUUAUUAACAAAUUAAUCAGUCGCAUAAGCAUGCGGUGAUUGAUUUUUCGGCAAGUCAAGGGGGGCCUGCUCUGGAUGCGAUUGUUCUGGAACCCGUUUAAAAGUUCACACGUUUUAUCCAACAACAGUAGCCGCUUUUAUUGUCAACACGGUUAUAUGGUUAGUUGUGAUAAAGAGGCGGCUAAUGUUGGUUGGGCGCCAGAAGACUAUCUUUCCGGCUUAUUUAACGAUGAUAAAAUACAGUAGUAAAUAGAUACAUGAUCCGCGUGUCGGUUUACAGUUUAAACUUUAAAAGCCAUAUCGGAUUCCACUUGGAAUUGAUGAAUGAAUCUUCUUCGUUAGCCAGACUGUGCAUAUGUUAUAAAUAAACAAACGGCAAAGACAAUGUUGAAACACGCGCUAAGAACUUGCUACGAUUGGGACAUUAAGCCGGGCUUACGCAAAAGAGUGUCUCUAGGCGAUUUAUCGCUCAGACGCAAGUCGGGUACCUACGAAAACGUGCAGAUCCUCAAGAAGUACCUGCGCCGCAGGAAUUCCAUAUCCUGGCCAAAUUCGGCCUGUCAGGAAAUCGACGAUAUUGCCGAGAUCGACUAUCCAGACAUUGAUCAAGCUAGAAGAGUAGAAAACUCCCCUCUGAUGGAACACCAGCAGCAGCACCGGCCAAUCAGCAUAAUGUUUGACGACAAUUAUGGUGGUCACCCGCACAACAAUAUCCCCCGACCGAGCCUCUACCACAAAUGCUCCAGAGGAUCUCAUUCUUCGGAUACGUCUUCCGCUUAUAGUGGAAGCGACACCAUGGCAUCCACUCACUCCGAACUGGAUGGCGAUGAGCCCGACCUGUCUGGACUGGUCGAAAGCAUUGUGGACAGCGACGAAGAGGAUGAUCUGGCCGAAAGCAUGGACAGCCUGACAGUGAGGGAUAGAGUCCGAGACUGCCUAGAGAAGGAGCCAUCCGAGCGAACCGAAGACGACAUAGAGGCCUUGCUGGAGUUCACGCAACAUUUGAAGGCCUUCACCAACAUGACUCUGGCAGUACGAAGAGCUCUGUGCGCCGUCAUGGUGUUUGCCGUGGUGGAAAAAGCCGGCACUAUAGUGAUGAAUGACGGAGAGGAAUUAGAUUCCUGGUCGGUUUUGGUGAAUGGUUGCGUGGAAGUGGUGAUUUCGGGCGAAGACAACCAAACGUUGACGAUGGGCGACGCGUUUGGUAUUCUGCCCACCAUGGACAAGCUCUACCAUAAGGGCACGAUGAUUACGAAAUGCGACGACUGCCAGUUUGUGUGCAUCAAACAAUCUGAUUACUACAUAAUCCUGCAUCAAGGCGAGGAAAACACCCGAAGACACGAAGACGACGGCAACCUGGUGAUGGUGACUGAAAUGAGAGGAUCGUUGGAAUCCGGCUCGAAUAGACGAGGGUAUGUGGUGAUCCGCGCCACCCCUGAGCGAUUAAUGCACCAGCUGAUCGAAGAAAACUCCCUGACCGAUCCCACCUAUGUGGAAGAUUUCCUGCUCACGCACCGAGUGUUCACCCCUAGUCCCCUCUACAUAGCCAAUCAACUGCUGGAGUGGUUCAAAGAGCAAGAAGUGCGCGAUCGGGUGACCCGAGUGGUUCUGCUGUGGGUCAACAACCACUUUACCGACUUCGAGACUGAUCCAGAUAUGAUCGAGUUUCUGGAAACGUUCGAACAAGGCCUGGAAGACGAGCACAUGGCCGGCCAGCUUCGGCUACUCAACAUCGCUUGCAAUGCAAAGGCGCGCAUUAGGAACGUAGUACUGGCCAGACCCAACAGGGACGAGCCGCUAAGCUUUCAGAUUCUGGGCGGGUUUGAGCGGAACUUCGGCAUUUUCAUCUCCAAAGUGGACAAGAAGUCCAAAGCGGAGGAAAUCGGUCUGAAACGCGGCGACCAAAUUCUCGAAGUAAACGGGCAGAGUUUCGAGCAUGUUUCGCAUGCCAAAGCCUUGGAAAUAUUGCGCGGCACCACCCAUUUGAGCAUCACCAUCAAGUCCAAUCUGCUCCAUUUCAAGGAGAUGUUGAACACGCCCGAUAAUUCGCCCAGGCCCCGAAGCAGAAAAGUGUCCGAAAUAGCCAAAAUCCAACACGACCCCCGAGCGCGGCUCUCAAGCGUGGAAGGGAGCAUGCUCUUAGGGCAUGACACGCCCUGCUCCCAGCCAGUCACCAUUAACAGUCCUCAGAAAGAGGUGAAGAAGCCCAUGUUUUCCACCAUGGGUCCCAAACGCAGGCUGCAAAAGGCCCUGAUGAAAAUGAACAUUUUACCCAAGAAUAUCAUAAACAUGGGCGCGGAUCAAGUGGACAACUUCAACCCGCCCUCCAAUUUAACCAGCAACAUCUACCAAUCGCAAAGCAAUCCAGAUCUGAUGUCCAUCUGCUAUGACGAUCUACGCUGCACUGAUUACCCGGAACAUGUGUUGAAGGUUUACAAGCCGGAUCAAAGCUACAAGUACCUGCUAAUCCACAAGGAAACCACCGCUCAUGAAGUGGUAAUGCUGGCGCUGCAGGAGUUCGGCAUGACUGAUCCCAGUUCCAACUUCAGCCUAUGCGAGGUGUCGGUUACGGACACGCAAACGAUCAAGCAGCGCCGGCUUCCGGAUCAGCUUCAGAACCUGGCUGAGCGCAUCGGGCUCAGCAGCCGAUACUACCUGAAAACCAAUGGAAUUACCGAGACUUUAGUACCUGACGAGUUGGCUCCCGAGCUGGUUAGAGAGAGCGCUGUGCAUUUCCUACAACUGAACGCUGUUGAGGUGGCCAUCCAACUAACCCUGCAAGACUUCAGCAUAUUCCGCCAAAUCGAACCCACAGAAUACAUAGACGACCUGUUCCAGCUGAAGUCGCGCUAUGGCACGCCGAUGCUGGACCAGUUUGAGACCCUGGUCAAUAAGGAGAUGUUUUGGGUGGUCAGCGAAGUGUGCUCCGAACAGAACCCAGUGCGGCGCAUGAAGAUUAUCAAGCAGUUCAUCAAAGUGGCCCGGCAAUGCAAGGAGUGCAAGAACUUCAACUCCAUGUUUGCAAUCGUGAGCGGAUUGGGGCAUGGGGCGGUGACGCGACUGCGACAAACUUGGGACAAACUGCCCAGCAAAUAUCAGCGAAUUUUCAACGAUUUGCAACAGCUGAUGGACCCGUCGCGGAACAUGAGCAAAUAUCGGCAGCUGGUCAGCGCUGAACAGACUCAGCCACCGAUUAUCCCGUUCUACCCAGUGGUGAAGAAGGACCUGACAUUCAUCCACGAUGGCAACGACUCGCACUUGGAAGGCUUGGUGAACUUUGAGAAGCUCCGAAUGAUCGCCAAAGAGGUGCGUUCGUUGAGCAACAUGUGCAGCAGCCCAUACGAUCUGCUCACGAUGCUGGAACUGGGUGGGCAGCCCGCUAGCAACGCCAUGGUGGCCUUGAACCAGAUGACCACCGCCUCCUCUCAAUACCACACUCAAGGCCAAGCCACGGUGAAGCGUCGCAAAAAGUCAACUGCCGCGCCCAACCCCAAGAAGAUGUUCGAAGAGUCGCAAAUGGUGCGCCGAGUGAAGGCCUACCUGAACAACCUCCAUGUGGAGACCGACGAGAAGCGGCUGCACGAGAUGUCGGCGGAGUGUGAAGGCGCCGCCACUACCAGCGGCGGGUUUUCGGGGCCGGGCAGCCAACGGGGCAAAAGACACGCUUCGCCCGCACCCUCUACAACUAGCAGCACGAGCAGCGCGAGCGAUGAGCGCAAACCUACGGCAAAAUUCGUGUUAAAUCAACUUAAAUCAGGUUCGGCCUCACCUCAGGCGGUUCGCAAACUGCUGGCCUUGUCCGAGACGGCUAAAGCCAGGCCGCAUCAGCCUCGUCAACCCGCGACUCACGGUGUGCCCAUUAACCAACCUAGUCCUGCUGUUAGGAGAGCUCCUAGCGCCACAGGAAGUUACUCGAGCUACGGAUCGCACAGCUCCAGCAGCUCCGGAACCGGAGGCAGAGCGAUGCAUGAGCGCUCCCACUCCGACACGCCAACCCCCCUCCCAUCGGUGGCUCUGUCUGCUGAGAGCAGCAGCGUGACAUCGCUCAGUAACUUGCCCUUGCGCAAGACUCUGACCUCAGGAUCGGUCACGUCUUCCGACUCGGGGCACAGUACCAUAAGUCAGAUUACCACGGGAUCGAUGGGGGAUUGCCAUCCCUACCCUGCAGCACGUUGCCCCAGCCCCUCUAGGCAGUCCAACCUACUACCAGCAGGCUGGUGUUCGCGACCUGGUGCUAUUCCGCCUUGUCCUCAUGCUGUGGCCGUGUUGCCUCCCUUGCCUCAUGCUUUGCGCAAUGGAGCGAAUAGAAGACAGCCUCCGUCGUAUAGCGUGGCCGCCCAUAUGGCGCGGCUUCACCGACUAGGGAGGGCUCAUUCUCAUGAAGGCGUUACCCAAGGUUACCACUUCCAUACGGAUCCGGAUACUGAUCAGGGUGACGACGAACUUACUGACUCCUCACUUGACUCUGACACCGUCAUUAUUAUGGUGUAACGACCACUACUUAUUUAAGCGACUCACUUGACGGCUUGAACCGACUGACUUGAGUAGUCCAUAGGUCCCCCUAGAGGUUCUAUUGAGAACUAAUGUUUUUUGUUCUUGUUGUUGU